UGUCCUCCCAGAGCCCCGCCUGGAGUUGGACUAUCGACUCGGUCGGACCCGUUUAUGCUUUUCGCCCUCUCAAUUCACUCAGACCCAACUCGCUCGCGCGCUCACUCUGCGUCUCCCUCUCCCUCUCCCUCUCCCUCCGUCCCCUCGCUCCCUCUCUCCCUGGUAGGUCAGAUGAACUGAAGAAAAAUGGAGAAGGGUAAAGAGACAACUAACGAAGAAGAGCGCCCAGUGGAAGUGGAUGAAGGGGAACUAACCAACAUUGAGUUGAGCGCUUCAACGGUCUCUCGGGGACUGAUUGAUGACUUUGCCAAUGACAAUCUAUUAGGAAAAAUUGUACGUAGCGAGGAAGAGGCAUACACGUUGUACAAUGAGUAUGCAUAUGAGAAAGGAUUUAGUAUUCGGAAGGCUAAGUCCAGAUACUAUGAGGGGACAAGACUUAUUCGCCAGAAGGAAUAUGUUUGUUCGAAGGAGGGUUUCAAAGAAGACCCCACCCCUUCUGAGACCCCAAGCUACAACAGAUUGGAUGUUAGGACCGGCUGUAAGGCAAUGAUACGUUUCACCGUGAAAGAUGAUGAGUGGAAGGUCACUCAUUUCAUCGCGGAACAUAACCAUGAAUUGGCAAGUACAGAAGAGAGGCACCUGUUAAGGUCCGCAAGGAAUUUUAGGAGGCCGAAACCUCGUUUAUUGAAUUCUGUGGAGACACUAACUUUGACCACCGAAAAUACUGGCUUUGUCCAGCGGGAUCAGAAUCCUGCGAGCGAGCAAAAUCUCGUGUUUAUAGAGGGGGGAGAUGCUCAAAGCUUGUGUCAAUGGUUCAAGAAGAAGAAGAAUGGUGAUAUCAUGUUUUUCCAUGAUGUACAGUUAGACCAGGAAGGCCGGGUGACCAACUUCUUCUGGUGUGAUGGUAGGUCUCGGAUUGAUUACGGGUAUUUUGGAGAUGUGGUCGUCUUUGAUACUACCUAUCGUAUAAACAAAUACAAUCUGAUAUGUGCUCCGUUCUUCGGAAUCAAUCAUCACCGGGCAAAAGUGAUGUUCGGGUGUGCGUUCUUGUUGGACGAGACAAGCACAUCUUUUAUCUGGCUCUUUAAAUCUUUUCUAGAGUCAAUGGGGAACAAAGCUCCAAGAACAAUAGUCACCUAUCAGGAUGAUGCAGCGUUAAUUCAGGCAGUUGAAGAGGUUUUUCCAGAUACUAGCCAUAUAAUUUGCCCGUGGCAUAUUGUGAAGAAAGCUUCGUCACAUUUGGCUGGCCUCUAUUCAAAUCCAGCUUUUGCCCAACUGUUCCGCAAAUGUGUGCAACAGUGCAACAUGGAGUCUGAGUUUGAAGAAACAUGGCAAAGAAUGGUGGAGGAGUAUGACUGCAAGAAUCACUCUUGGCUUAAAACCAUAUACAGGUAUCGUCAGAAAUGGAGCACGGCUUUCUCAAGCAACUCGUUCUCCUGUGGUGUCAUCUCAUCCCAGAGGAACGAGUGCGUGGAUAUUUUUGGUGGAAUCUCCAGCAGCAAGAUUACGUGCCUCACAAGGUUUGCCAUUGAGGUUGACGAGCUAGUUGCUCGCUGGCGUGACUCGGAGUUAAAAUCGAACUUUAGAUGCAAGCAAGGGGCCCCUCCCCUUGUCAUCAAGAAGAGCAGUAUUUGUCAUCAGGCAGCCCAGAUUUAUACCCACAAGAUCUUCGAGCUGUUUGAGCAGGAGUAUUUGGAAGGAGUGGGUGCGCUGAGGUGUACUGAGCUUAGCUCAAGCGGAACCUUGUGCACUUAUCGGAUGGUUGGCGACAUGGAUGAUCAGAAGGAGCAUAUCGUGCAGUUUGACUCCUCUGCUUUGAAUAUUUCGUGUUCCUGCAAGAAGUUCGAGUGCAUGGGUAUCCUCUGUUCUCAUUGCUUGAGUUGUCUCCACAUGAAGAAUGUGAAUGCUAUUCCUCAUCAAUAUAUUCUAAAACGGUGGACGAAAAGUGCCAGAGAUCGAGCUCCUAGUCACGAUCUAAUGGACACAAAUAGGAGGGAGACUGAGGUCGAGUACCACACCGAAAUGAUGCGGUGGGCUUAUGAUAUGAUCACGAGAAGCCAGAAGAGUCCAAUUACAAGAGUCUUGUUGAGGGAUAGCUUCCGCCAAAUAGAUCAAGAGCUUAAGAGAGUGGAGGCAGAUUUGGAAUUGAAUGUCGCGAAUAAUGCCCAAGCGAGUGGCAAUUCUGGGAAGCGUAAGAAAAAUGCAAGCAAUGAAUCCUUAAAAUCCAGAAAAAUCAAUGACCGAGCAGUGGACAACUCCGUGCAAGCCAAUGCUCAUGCUAACAUCCCGUUUGAUAUUGUUAACUUAAAUCAAGGAUCAAUUGAUUUGAGUACAGCACCAUUCUACCCUUUCUCCCCGCAGUAUCUCCAACAUGCCCAUUUCGCUGCUCAGGAAGCCGAGCAAUUUCAACGCAAUAAUUGACCACACAUAUCUCUCACUGUAACUUGGGCCGAUUGGAGAGAGAUGUUUAUAAGGCUAUUGCAAGUGGAAUUUCUGGCAGUCCUUUCUGCCGGCUUCUGAAAAUACUGGUUUCGAGCUGUUCAGUUUGGGAAAGGGAAGGGAACUCUUUUUACUUAUAGCAGGGGGUAAAGUGUAGUGAAGCUGCUACUGAUGUGCAAGUGCAGAUAGUUUUUUAAGUUUUUCAGAUUGGUGGUUGUUAAGAUGUGUAGUGUAAAUUAAUUAUCUUCGUUUUUCUAUAUAUAUAUAUAUAGCUGAAGAAGAAAUGGUAGGAGUGUUAGCUCUUAAGAAUGCGCUGAUAAUGAAAUUUUGUCCGAUUUUGAAAUUAUUUUUACAAGUUUUCCUGAUUUCACAUAAAUGAUAUUAAGAAUGCGGAUGUGAUUCUCCUGUU